AUGACGGUUACUAUCCGGGCCAUCGCAUCUACGUGUCUGGGUUCUGCACAAGCCUCCAGUCCUACAGCUCCCAUCGUCUCAAUACUUGCCAGAAUGAAAACGACAGGUCACAUGAACGUCACGGGGACUAGGCCGAACGCUUUCCCUCGACUCAUCGAUCCGGCCCUGGAAAGCAGAGCCGAGAUUAUCUUGCGUGGUGUCCCCCUUCCGUACGGUGGACGGGAAUCCCACCCACCGCUGUUUCCGCUCCACCCUACGUUUUCGUCCAACUCUCUUGCCGCUUUUGCGGGCCAUUCUCUUAGCCCCCUACGCCCCCUGACAAAGCCGGCGCGUCUAAGUACAACCAAUGGGCCCACCCAUCAUCCACCCCCACCAACCCAUGGACCCUGGAACCCAUAG